AUUUUAAAUAUUCUGAAUACCCGAAGAGAGUGACAUACACACAGAUGUACAUUCGGUAAUUACUAGUACAUGUUUACAAUUGAAUUCAGUUAGGUCAUCCGUGAUUAUAUUCACCUUAACAGGAAAUAAGUUGCGAGCAAGGCUAUCAGUUUAUCGAUUGUUGUAUAUAUAUCUGAUAUUUAAUGGCGGAGUCGAAAGAAGUAGUUAUAAACGAAGAAAAUUUAUGUUGUUCUAUUUGUUUAGAAUUGUACGUUAAUCCACGGACAUUGCCAUGUUUACAAUCAUUUUGUCGUCUGUGUUUAGUUAAUUAUGCUGCAAAGGUGAUCGGUAGUAACAACUAAAGGAAAUGUGAUAUUUGUUGUCCUUUAUGUAGGACAGACACGAAAUGUGAAAUCAAACAAUUUGAUAAUAAUGCCGACAAGUGGGUGGAGAGCUUACCUGUUAACUUUAUCCUAGUUUCGAUUUUGAGCAGCAAGACAACAAAAAUGACGGACAAGGAAAUUAAUUGUGAACCAUGUUCUCGGGAAGAAAUAAAAGUACCGGCAAGUCGUUAUUGUUACGAGUGCUCCGAGAAAAUAUGCGAAGACUGUGUGAAACUACAUAAGAAAAUCAAAAGUCUAUCAAAUCAUAAACUUUGUAACCUUGGCGACGGAGAAUCAGAUGUUGCUCAAUUUGAUUACUUGAAGUCACUAACAAAAUGUCCGGAGCAUCAGGCGGAGGAGGUUCGAUACAUCUGCAAGGACCACGACCAGUUAUGUUGUAAUGAGUGCGCGAUAGUAAGGCACCGGAAGUGUGACCAUAUGAUCUCUAUAGCAGACGAACUAUCCAAGUUGGAGAUUUCAGACCAGGAUAUAGAUUUCAGACUGGGUGAAAUUUUUGAUGGUUCCAAAGAGCUCACAGAAUACGAAACUAAGCACCAGUCUACAGUAAAAGCUUCAAAGAUUCAAAUUAGAGAUAAGCUUGCAGCGCUUAAAAAGAAAAUAGAUGAAGCUUUCUAUAAAAUGGAGCAAAUUAUGUUACAGGAUGCUGACGACAGAAGCGACAACGUAAUGAAGAAAAGUAAAACACAACUUGAUAGCAUUGAAAUGUUGAAAACUGAGGUUAAUUGGUCACGUGACAACCUACGUAUUGUCCGUAACAAUGGAGAAAAGCUUCAUUUGUUCCUGGUUGAAAGGAAAUUGAAAACAGAGCUUAAACGACACGAAGACACGCUUCAAAAUCUUCGAAAAGACUCAAGCGUGAAAAGUCUUACUUUGGUAGAUGACAUUUCUGAACAAGACUUAAUGAAAACCAUUGCUUCCUGUUCUCGUAUCGAAGAGCUAACAUCUAUUGCAGGAAUACCCGCAAGUACAGAAAUAUGCAAGGUCACUCUAACCGGAGAACCAGUAUUAAUUAGCAAGAUGAAAUUGACAGUUUCAUCAGGUCAUGCACGUGCAUGCCUGUGGAUUGACAAUUUUGUUGUCGUUGGUUUGCAAGAGAUGAAGCAGCUUCAACUGUUUGAUAUCAAUAAAGAAUCACUUAAAUACAAUAAAACAGAAAACCUGUCCUCACAACCAUGGUCUUUGAAAAAAGUAGAUGAUUCAAGAUUUGCUGUUUGUUACCCACGUAGCAACGCUAUUGAGCUAAUGAAGAUCAAUAAAGGGACAUUUGAAACAGUGAAUACGUUCAAAACAGACAGUGCUAUCUAUGAUAUUUCGUACAACAAAUUACAACGCCAAAUUAUAGGUCUUUCCAGGUCUGGGACUAUAGAUGUGUUCGAGCUUGAUGGUACUAAAACUGGCUCUGUCCCAUUAGCAUCCGAAAUGUGUAAAGUUGUGAAGAAAGCGUACGGAAUCUGUUUUGAUACAGGCACAAACGUGUUGUACAUAUCUAGCCACGGUCUGAAUAAAGUGGUGGCUGUGAAGUUAGAUGGUACAUUAGUUUUCGAAUACAGUUACCAAAAUCUGAUGUACCCUUGGCAUCCAGACAUAGAUGCCAAAGGAAAUAUUUAUAUACCGCAUUUCGUAGGGAUACAUCAGCUUGAUAGAAAUGGGAAACUCCUGCGUGAAAUAAAGUUUCCCGGAUGUGGGCAUUGUGUUAGGUUUGAUAACAGUAAGACCAAGUUCAUAGUGUCUCAUUACAGUCCUCGUGGUAUUCGAAUGUACAAUUUGAAAUAAGCUAUAUAUUCAUGAUACAAGAACGUUGCCAUCCGAUAACAAUCGCUGGCCGACUAUUUGAACUUCUGUGGGGAUUGGGAUUUUACUUGGAGCCAAGAAAUUCUUUUUGCCGUCUAAGAAACUCGAAAACUAACAAGCAGGAUAAAGAUUUACAUUCUGCAUGAAUUUAUAUUCAAGUCUCAUUGGAUAAAUGCUUGAUUAAGCAGCAGUUUGACCCAAAUUAUAGUUCCUAAUUUUGAGCACAGUCAUAUACUUCUAUAAGCAAAAUUGUUGAAAAAAUAUUCAUAUAUAAAUUGUAUAAUUGAUACCUAAAAGAUAAAUGAGCAACAAGGGGGUCAUAGCUAGCCAAAAAUGGAUGGAUUUUAAGGGACACAUUAGGGGUGGGCGGCAUGCUCCCCUAGAAAAAAAUUGAAUUGUUGAACAGCUCUAGUGCAUUUUGAUUGUCUACUAGUAUUAAAGUGACAAGUGUAAUCAGUUUUACCAAACUAAGUCAUACAAAUACAUACAAAAUACACCCGGAACAUUGGGCCUAUAAGUCACCUUACAUUUGCAAUUAUCACAUACAAUAUUUACACGAAGUCACAAAUGAAUACAAACAUUAUAUAUACAGUGUAACAAGAGCCUUGUCUUCAAAAUUAAAUAUAUAAUGCAAUGUUUUUUAAUGCUUGUAACAUUUUACGUAAUAAUACGAUAAAGGUAAUAUCAUCUCUACUGUUUUUGAUCAAUUUAUGAGAGUCAAAUCAUCUAUAUAAACUUUGAUCCUUGACAAUAUACUUAGCAAGUGUGCAAGGUUUGUUCUUAAUCAAAUAUAUCAGUUUUCCAGAAUCAGUCUUUGAAUCGAAUUCAGAAGUACCAUAUAGUUCUCGAAAAUAUUGCUAACGUAUAUAUAUAUGAGCAACAUAUUACAAAAUGCGUCUGUUUUCAAUAAAAUGAUUAUUGCAAAAGCGACGUAUUCGGUCUUCUACUCGUUCCCCGAAUAUACCGGCCAGUC